GUAUUUUGGUGUACCUCAGCUAUCUUGGACGUAACCUCAUGUGUGCAGCUACACCGACAAUCCGCAAGGAUCCCGGCACAGCUGCACUCGGCCAGUGUGGGUAAUAGUCAUCAUCGGCACAUGUGUAUUGCUUAAAGCAACUACAAUUUUCAAUGGCUGAUGCAAAGAAAAUGUAUGAGGUUUCUCUCUCUGGCUGCCGUGCUGCUCCCCGAGGUCAACACAACGGUGUUUUUUGAGCGAUUGGGGGUUUCCAGAUCCAAUCAUGUGACUGUGCUAUGCUGCAAGCAACUGUGCAUUCUGGCCACCAGAGACCUGGAAAGGCUGUCACAGUCGAGAACUGGUGUUCCAAGAGCCACUAUCACGUCUUUUGUUACAUACUUUCGGUUUCCAUCAUCAACGAUGUAGUUGGAUAGGUAGUCUGGAAUCUGCUAGUUAUGCAGUAGUGCACCCGA